AUGGCGCUCCCUGGGCUUGCUUUGCCUAAUUCUCAGAUCGUCCUGUCGGCAGCAUGCACGGGUCCGCAUGUAACAGUCGGACGACCUUCAAGGGCACGCUUCGUGUAUUCCUUGACGUCGGUGAACCGUAAGCUCAUCGUAAGCUCGUCCUCUAUCAAUAAUCCCUACACGACAGCUGGCGGCAUGGUAUGUACGCAACAAGUGGCGGCAGGGGAAGACGAGCAUGAGCUAAAGCUCCUAGGGACAUGGAGGGGCCCUUUCGCGAUGCGAGUGAGGCUGGCGCUCAACUUCAAGGGCCUGAGCUACGAGUACCAGGAAGAGGACCUUGCAAAUAAGAGUGACCUUCUCCUCGUGUCAAACCCGGUGAACAAGAAGGUGCCCGUGCUCAUCCACAAUGGUAUGCCCAUAUGCGAGUCACUCGCUAUCUUGGAGUACAUCGAUGAGGUCUACCAUGGGAUAGGACCCUCUCUCCUCCCCGCCCACCCCUACCAACGCGCUAGGGCUCGAUUCUGGGCCACCUACAUUGACAACAAGCUAGUCGCGCCAUGGUGGAAGAUGUUUGUGGGCAAGACAGACAAGGAGAAAGAUGAAGGGACAAAGCAAACGCUAGCGGCGGUGGAUAUGCUAGAGAGGGCCUUGAGGGAAUGCUCCAAGGGGAAGCCGUUCUUUGGAGGAGACAACGUCGGAUAUGUUGAUGUUGUGUUGGGUGGUAUGGUUGCAAGGAUGCAAGGAACCGAGGCGCUUUGUGGUGUGGAGCUUCUACACGCCACCAAGACUCCGCUUCUGCUGGCAUGGAUGGAGCGCUUUGGCGAAAUGGAACCCGCCAAGGUGGUUCUGCCAAAAGUCGAUAGGCUGGUUGAGUUUGCAAAGAUGAAACGUGCCCAAAGGGCUCUAAUCUAA